CUUACUCUGAGACGCUUUAUGAACCACUACGAGCUCAGAAUUCUCUGCAAUCAACCACUCAUCUAUCCCAUGGGAAAGCAGGGCAGCGUAGGUGACAUAUCAUCAUUAUACAAGGAUCCACUACUACAGGGACAGUCCUUGUAAAAGGUGCCAUCCUCAUUUCGGCAAACAAUUUCUGGUUAUGUUAGGAAAUGUCUCUUCAUCACUCCAACCUCUUAAUGGAAAAAGGUGUUGGCUUAAUGUUUUCCCACCAUUGAUAGCGCCUCACACAUUUUCCCUUUGAAAGCCGCUGAACGAUUUACCCUCUCUCUUUUGUCACUCUUAUUUCACGCUCUGAAUAACAGCUCUCUCUCUUUGCCUCUCUCUCCCUCCCUCCCCCUCUUUCUCUUUCUUUCCUACAUGCAUAAAUUGAGCCAGCCUCCUGGUAACUCUUCCUGAGCUACCAGCAGAGUCAGAUUUUUCAUUUGCAGUUAAAUGGCGCUCGACACAUGCAGCUUGGUUGAUAAUUGACUUCACUCAGCUGAACGGAGGGAUGAUUAGACCAACAAGUGGUGUAGUUGGAAGCGGCUCUCGUGGCAUGACUACUACAAACAAGGGAAACAAAGCCUUGAAGGUGAAGAAGGAGCCAGGGGAGAAUGGGACCAGCCUCACGGACGACGAACUGGUGACCAUGUCUGUCCGGGAGCUCAACGCUCACCUCCGCGGCCUCACCAAGGACGAAAUCCUGCAGCUCAAGCAGCGGCGGCGCACCCUGAAGAACCGUGGCUACGCCGCCAGCUGCCGCGUCAAGCGGGUCACCCAGAAGGAGGAGCUAGAGAAGCAGAAGACGGCGCUGCAGCUGGAGGUGGACAAGCUGGCCACAGAGAACGCCACCAUGAAGGUGGAGCUGGACUCGCUGCGCUCCAAGUACGAGGCCCUGCAGAGCUUCGCCAGGACUGUGGCGCGCAGCCCGGCCGUAGCCUUAACCCCAGGGGGUCGGGGGGUCAUGGGGCCCCUGGUCCCUGGGAAGGUGGCCACGGCCACCAGCGUCAUCACCAUCAUCAAGUCCAAGACGGGAGCCAGGUCGUAGUAUCGGGGCUGGGUGGCGUGGAGAGUUAUCAGACUAAUGAAACAACGUGUACUAUAGUCAGUGUAUCAUCAUGGAGCACAGGAUUAGUUCCCUUGUCUGUCUUUUGGGCCAGAACACACAACACAACCCCCCAGACGUUUGUACCAGCUAGUAACACUCUUUCAAUUGGCCAGCAGCAGAGGCCACACCAACCCUCAUCAGACAGCCUUUAGUAGGAUUAACUGCCUUGGCACUGUACAAGCAGAAAUACAUACACCAGAGGAGGCUUGUCGGAGGAGCUAUAGGAGGACGGGCUCAUUGUAAUGGCUGGAAUGGAAUACAUGAAACGGGAUCAAACACAUCAAACAUAUGGAAACCACAUGUUUGACUCUGUUCCAUGAAUUCCAUUCCAGCCAUUACAACGAGCCUCCGCUGAAAUAUACACAUCCGUCCUCUAUAGUAUAUUUUCACGUACUGGAUUCCAAAAGGUUAAACGUCACGUGAGUCCAGGAAGGUCGUACGACGCAGCCCAAUCCAUAAUUGAUGUCACUCCAUCUGGUGUUGGAAGUGGAGCUCUCGAUUGAUUUGUGUGUUUUUGUACAUGGUACUAAGUGUUUGAGUGUUUGUUUGUUUCCUCCAGAUGGCCCCUCUUUGAGUCUUUUCCGUCCCGACACAGGAUUUUGACGUGGAAAUGCACUCUUUCAUAACUACUAGCCACCAACAGUCUAGCCACACCCGGUUGUCAUUAUGCUUCAACUUCUUAGCCCUCUCUCCGUAUCACAAGUGGAGAAAGAGUGAUUGCACUUAGCAACAAGCCUGGGCCUGUUAGAAUGCACUGACUACUAUGAGAAGAGGGAAAUGCACUGUAUGUUAUUGAUGUCUUGUGAGCAGCCUUCAGUAAGGACUAGUAACUCACCCAUCAGACCAGUUCAUGUGAUUUUAGUUGGUUAAACAAACUAAACAGGAAAUUCUGUUAAGUUGAGCAUUUAUUUAGGUUCAGUUCAGCCUGUCACUGAAUUUUACCAACAGGAGAUGCAAUAACACACACAUGCACUGAGACAUAGGAGAUGUCUCUUACAUAGUUUAAUGGAAGUGGAAUGAGUCAAUCUGAUCGACAAAAUAAUACGAUAGCAUACUUGGUAUGGGAUGAUGAUGAUGAUGAUGAUGAUGAUUAUAAUAAUAGGUGGGAUGCUGGAGUUGACCAUGCCAUAUUAUUAUAAUACUAGGUGGGAUGUUGGAGUUGCCAUUCCAGGAUUACAAGAUUGUUUAUUUCUCCAGUAUCUGAGAACCACAAUGUUUUUACAAGAUCUUGUGAUGAUUAUGCUUUCGGGGGACAAUAUUUUUAUCCUCAAAACAUUUAAAACUCAAUUUGUGCUCCAUCGAGUAAAUAAGUUGAAACUGUUUUGUAAAUAAAUAGUUUUUUUUUGUGCGUA